UGAGAGAUGCACGUUCAUUGGUCCCGGCGGCGCUGAUAAACGUCAGCCCUCUUGACGUUUUGCCUGGGUUGUUAUACAUACAUGACUGAUAAUAAAAAAAAACAAUGUCUCAAGUACAAUGGUAAUUUUUUUUAUAUAACUAUAAAGCAAGAGGUUUCCGUUGCAGUAGUAGAGGAUCUACUGGACGUCAACAGUACGUUCGAGAAUUUAAAUCGCGAGGUAAAGCGAAAAGAACCGCGAGAGUAAAUUAUUUUUUUAUCGUGUGGAUGAAAACUGAAAAAUGACACCGUCUUAUUUAGAAAUAAUAUUGGUAGGAUUUAUACUCAUCCUGCCAUUUCUCUACGAAACGAGCGGCACAUUCAGAUAUUAUUUUAAAUUUUUAUUAUACUAUGGGAUUGUUAUGGCAAACUCGUUACUCUUAAUACCUAUCAUGGUAUUCCGUCCAGGAAAUGUUAAGAAUCUUUUAUUGGCUUCAUCAAUUUGUCAUCACGUAAGCAGUUUACUGGGAUUGAAAUGGGAACUGAGAAAUCGUGCUAACUUAGAAAAAGAACAGGCGUGUAUUGUUGUUGCUAAUCAUCAAAGUUCUCUAGACAUACUGGGCAUGUUUGAAAUGUGGCCGGUUAUGGACAAAUGUACAGUUGUCGCUAAAAAAGAGCUAUUUUAUGCUUGGCCUUUCGGACUCGCUGCUUGGCUUUGUGGUCUUAUCUUUAUUGAUAGAAUGAAUUCCGAAAAAGCACGCACUGCUUUAAAUACAGCGACUGAUAAAAUAAAAGAAAAAAAGAUUAAGAUGUGGAUAUUCCCCGAAGGUACACGACACAACACUGGAGAAAUACACCCGUUUAAAAAAGGUGCUUUUCAUGUUGCUGUCAACUCACAAUUGCCUAUCUUGCCAGUUGUAUUUUCUUCUUAUUAUUUUUUAUCUAAAAAAGAUAAACGAUUUGACCCAGGACGUAUUAUUAUUACAACAUUGCCACCGAUUCCUACUACGGGAUUGGGACCAGAAGACAUCGAGGCGCUGAUGGAUAAGACCCGUAAUUCAAUGACACAAGUAUUUUAUUCAAGCAAUCGUGAAGUGCAACAGUCGCUCAAUUCCUGCAAGCAUCGCGUACAAUAAGUAUACUUAAAUAAAUUAUAAAAAUACUGAAGAAAAUAAUUGAAAAAAAUGAGCCAAGGAAACAGAACGUACAUCACAAUAGUUAGCUAAGAAACCAAAGACUUAUAAGAUUUAAAUUCAGUAAUUACGUAUCGAUUUAAUUGUUUAAAAUUAUUUUCGAUAAGACAUUAUUUGUCCAGUAUACAAUUUUUAGUGAUUUUUAAUUUAUUUAGAUUUUAAAUUCUAUUUAUUUUAACUUAAUUGUAUUAUAAAAAUACGAAGGCUGGUCUGUGUCAUCCAACUUAAUUUCAUAUUAUUAUUAAGGUCAUUCCAAUUAAUUUAUAUUCCCAUAGAUAACUUUUAAGUAUCAGUAAUUAUCCAUGAUACUGAAAUUAGCCGUCUAAUAAUUUUUGGAUUUUUUUUAAAAAUGAUAAAUUAAAAAAAAAAAAAUUUCGAAAAAUUGCACCGUCAGUCUUUGAAGUUUUCUACAUGUGCACAUUUUUAGUUUUAUUUUUUUUAAAUUAAAUUGUUGAUAAAAAAAUCCAAAAAUUGUUAACUGUCUGCUCACUACAGGAUCAUAAUUAUUCAGUAUAUAUUUUUUUGCAGUUUAUUUAUAUUUUAAAUAUUUCAGAAAAAAAUUUUUAUUUAUUCAAAAAAACGUGAACUAGUCAAAUUUACCGCCGAUUAUUGUACUUUCUUUUUAGUUUUUAUUUAAUAGUUUUGUAAAAAAAUUGUGUCAUAUUUAUUUAUAUAUUAAAUUAUUUUGAAUGUUUAAAAAACAAUAAGUCUAAGGAACCAAAAUCAUCAAUUGAAAGCACAAAAUUAUUAAGUAUUGCUAAUUAACUAUAGCUUUAUUAAUUAUUAAAUAAAAUAAUAAUUAUAAAUUCUUUUUGCUAAAUUUUUAAAAGUCGCCUGCAAAAAGUUUAUGUAAAUAAAAUUAAUUUACAAGUACAUUUUAAAUGUCACAUACGCUCAUUUAUAUUUUCAUCGUCGAUAAAUAAUUGACAACUUUCCGCUCAGGGCAAUACAUAUAAAAAAAAAAUAAUUAAAAA